AGUGGUCGGGCGGGGCUUGGCGGCGCUCAGAGCCCGACUGCGGCACCUUCCCCGGCGCGCCAGCUGCCGGGUCCUGCAGGUGCCCCCGGUCUCCCGCCCCGCGUCCCCGCCUCGCGCCCCGCGCCCCGCGUCCCGCGCCCCCGGCCUCCCGCCUCGCGCCCCCGCCGCGGGGCAUCGCGACGCCCGGGCCCGGGCCACGGGCCGCAGCGCCGGGGCCGGCGAUGAGCGCGAGGAGCCGGCAUGAGCGCAGACAGCAGCCCUCUCGUGGGCAACACGCCGGCCGGCUAUGGGACCCUGACGAUAGAGACGUCUGUCGAUCCCCUCAGCUCCUCAGUUUCAUCCGUGAGGCUCAGCGGCUACUGUGGCAGUCCGUGGAGGGUCAUUGGCUAUCACGCCGUGGUCUGGAUGAUGGCGGGGAUCCCUUUGCUGCUGUUCCGCUGGAAGCCCGUGUGGGGGGUGCGGCUGCGGCUCCAGCCAUGCAACCUGGCCCGCGCGGAAACACUCGUCAUCGAAAUAAGAGACAAAGAGGAUAGUUCUUGGCAGCUCUACACUGUCCAGGUGCAGACGGAGGCCAUCAGUGAAGACAGCCUGGAGCUGCCCCCCCAGGCCCAGGCAGAGGACAGCCGGAGCCAGGCGGCUGUGGGGGCAGUACCAGAGGGCGCAUGGAAGGACACCGCCCAGCUCCACAGGAACGAAGAGGCGCAGCGGAUGCUGCGUUACUACCUGUUUCAGGGCCGCCGCUACGUCUGGAUCGAGACCCAGCAGGCCUUCUGCCAAGUCAGCCUGCUGGACCACGGCCGCACCUGUGAUGACAUCCACCACUCCCGCUCCGGCCUCGGCCCCCAUGACCAAACCGUGAGGAAGACCAUCUACGGCCCCAACGUGAUCAGCGUACCAGUCAAGUCCUAUCCGCAGCUGCUGGUGGAUGAGGCACUGACCCCCUACUAUGGCUUCCAGGCCUUCAGCAUCGGGCUGUGGCUGGCCGACCACUACUACUGGUACGCCCUGUGCAUCCUCCUCAUCUCCACCGUCUCCAUCUGUCUGUCGCUGUACAAGACCAGAAAGCAAAGCCAGACCCUGAGGGACAUGGUCAAGCUGUCCGUGCGGGUGUGCGUGUGCCGGCCUGGGGGAGAGGAGGAGUGGGUCGACUCCAGCGAGCUGGUGCCUGGAGACUGCCUGGUGCUGCCCCGGGAGGGCGGGCUGGUGCCCUGCGAUGCCGCCCUGGUGGCUGGCGAGUGCAUGGUCAACGAGAGCUCCCUGACAGGGGAGAGCGUUCCAGUGCUGAAGACGGCCCUGCCGGAGGGGCCGGGGCCCUACUGCCCAGAGACCCACCGGCGGCACACACUCUUCUGCGGGACCCUCGUCUUGCAGGCCCGCGCCUUUGUAGGACCCCAAGUCCUGGCGGUGGUGACCCGGACAGGGUUCUGCACGGCUAAGGGGGGCCUGGUGAGCUCCAUCUUGCAUCCCCGGCCCAUCAACUUCAAGUUCUACAAACACAGCAUGAAGUUUCUGGCUGCCCUCUCUGUCCUGGCUUUCUUCGGCACCAUCUACAGCAUCUUCAUCCUACACCGCAACCAGGUGCCUCUGCAUGAGAUUGUGAUCCGGGCUCUGGACCUGGUGACAGUGGUGGUGCCGCCCGCCCUGCCGGCCGCCAUGACUGUGUGCACGCUGUACGCCCAGAGCCGGCUACGGAGCCAGGGCAUCUUCUGCAUCCACCCGCUGCGCAUCAACCUGGGUGGCAAGCUCCGGCUGGUGUGUUUCGACAAGACAGGCACCCUCACUGAGGACAGCUUGGAUGUGAUGGGGGUGGUGCCCCUGAAGGGGCAGGCGUUCCUGCCCCUGGUCCCAGAGCCCCACCGCCUGCCCACGGGCCCCCUGCUCCGAGCACUGGCCACCUGCCAUGCCCUCAGCCGGCUCCAGGACACCCCAGUGGGCGACCCCAUGGACCUCAAGAUGGUGGAAUCUACUGGCUGGGUGAGGAGGCCGAGCAGGAUUGGCUGCCCCAGGCCCAGCCGGCACCAGCCCCUCGGAGGCCAACCUUCUUUGCCUGCCUCCCAGGUCCUGGAGGAGGGGCCAGCUGCAGACUCGGUGUCUGGGACCCAGGUCUUGGCGGUAAUGAGACCCCCGCUUCGGGAGCCCCAGCUGCAGGGCACGGAGGAGCCCCCAGUGCCGCUCAGCAUCCUCGGCCGCUUUCCCUUCUCGUCAGCCCUGCAGCGCAUGAACGUGGUAGUGGCCUGGCCGGGGGCCGCUCAGCCCGAGGCCUACGUCAAAGGCUCCCCGGAGCUGGUGGCGGGCCUCUGCAACCCCGCCACAGUGCCCACCGACUUCGCCCAGAUGCUGCAGAGCUACACAGCUGCCGGCUACCGCGUGGUGGCCCUCGCUAGCAAGCCACUGCCCAUCGCACCCAGCCUGGAAGCAGCUCAGCAACUGACGAGGGAUACCGUGGAGCAGGAUCUGAGCCUUCUGGGGCUGCUGGUCAUGAGGAACCUGCUCAAGCCACAGACGACACCUGUUAUCCAGGCUCUGCGGAGGACCCGCAUCCGCACCGUCAUGGUGACAGGGGACAACCUGCAGACAGCGGUCACUGUGGCCCGGGGCUGUGGCAUGGUGGGCCCCCAGGAGCGUCUGGUCAUUGUCCACGCCAACCCCCCUGAGCGAGGCCAGCCCGCCUCCCUCGAGCUCCUACCAGUGGAACCCUCCACAGCCGAGAAUGGGGCUAAGGAUCCUGACCAGGCCGCAAGCUACAUCGUGGAGCCAGACCCCCGAUCCAGCCACCUGGCCCUCAGCGGGUCCACCUUUGGUGUCCUUAUGAAGCACUUCCCCAGGCUGCUGCCCAAGGUCCUGGUCCAGGGCACCGUCUUUGCCCGAAUGGCCCCUGAGCAGAAGACAGAGCUGGUGUGCGAGCUGCAGAAGCUUCAGUACUGCGUGGGCAUGUGUGGGGAUGGUGCCAACGACUGUGGGGCCCUGAAGGCGGCCGACGUGGGCAUCUCACUCUCCCAGGCCGAGGCCUCCGUGGUCUCGUCCUUCACCUCCAGUGUGGCCAGCAUCGAGUGUGUGCCCAUGGUCAUCAGGGAGGGCCGCUGUUCGCUCGACACGUCCUUCAGCGUCUUCAAGUACAUGGCCCUGUACAGCCUGACCCAGUUCAUCUCCGUCCUGCUUCUCUACACGAUCAACACCAACCUGGGCGACCUGCAGUUCCUGACCAUCGACCUGGUCAUCACCACCACGGUGGCAGUGCUCAUGAGCCGUACAGGGCCAGCGCUGGAGCUGGGGCGGGCGCGGCCGCCGGGGGCACUUCUCAGCGUGCCCGUGCUGGGCAGCCUGCUGCUGCAGGUGGCCCUGGUGGCCAGUGUGCAGCUGGGGGGCUACUUCCUGACCGUAGCCCAGCCCUGGUUCGUGCCACUGAACAGGACAGUGCCCGCGCCGGACAACCUGCCCAACUAUGAGAACACAGUGGUCUUCUCUCUGUCCAGCUUCCAGUACCUCAUCCUGGCCGCGGCCGUGUCCAAGGGGGCGCCCUUCCGCCGGCCGAUCUACACCAACGUGCCCUUCCUGGUGGCCCUGGCGCUCUUGAGCUCCAUCCUGGUGGGCCUCCUCCUGGUCCCCGGCCUCCUGCAGGGGCCGCUGGCACUGAGGGACAUUGCCGACACCUGCUUCAAGCUGCUGCUGCUGGCCCUGGUCGCCUUCAACUUCGUGGGGGCCUUCAUGCUGGAGAGCGUGCUGGACCAGUGCCUCCCGGGCUGCCUGCUGCGGCUCCGGCCCAAACGGGCCUCCAAGAAGCGCUUCAAGCAGCUGGAGCGGGAGCUGGCUGAGCAGCCGUGGCCGCCGCCCGGGCCCGGGAGGUAAUGCAGGCCCCAUCCGGCAUGCUGGAUGCUGGAUCUCCCUGCCUCUGAGCCACCGACUGGGACCCGUCUCCAGAGACACCACCGCCGUCACUCCUGCAGCCCCGAGGUUGGCGGUUGUCACACUCCUGUCCCACAUCUGCCCGGCCCAGCCUUCCCUGCCCCCACCUGGGGAAAUGCUAACUAGUGUGGUCCCCCACCUCGGACCAUCCCACACAGCGACGGCAGCCACCAACCCCCUCAGCGCUGCUGUCAGUGUAGCUAAUAAAGUCAUGAUAUUUUCCUGGC